AUGGGAACAGAUGCAUUAGCAUCAUUGAUAAUGGUAAUUGUACAAUUGGAAUUUGCAGGUAUGAACAUAUUGUCGAAGCUUGCCAUCGAUUCGGGGAUGAAUCCGUUUGUGCAUGUUGCCUACCGUCAAAUGUUCGCGUCUGUGGUCGCUCUUCCUUUUGCUUACUUCGCUGAGAGAGGGAAAAGACUUCCGAUGACACGACCCAUUUUCAUUCAAAUCUUCUUUUCCUCCAUUGUCGGAAUGACAGUGAAUCAAAUCACAUACUUUGUUGGUUUGAAGAACUCCACCCCUACCAUUGCGUGUGCACUCUCCAAUCUUCUUCCAGCAUUGACAUUCAUCCUCGCCGUCCUUUUCAAGCAAGAAAGUGCAAGAUUGAAGACAAUGGUUGGACAAGCGAAGGUGAUAGGAACAUUUGUGAGUGUUGGUGGUGCCAUGCUAUUGUCGUUAUACCAUGGACCUAUCGUACCUAUCGGUGAAUCAGGCAUUCACUUGAGCAUUGCAACCAAAAUGAAAAACUCGGAUGAUAGUAGCCAAGGAAAUCUUAUAGGGUCGUGUCUUAUUAUAUUUAGUGCUUUUACUUGGGCCGUUUGGUUUGUCCACCAGGCAAAAAUGUUCGACAAGUAUCCAGCUCCAUAUUCGAGUUCAGCCUUGAUGUUAUCGAUGGCCACAAUCCAAAGUUGCCUAAUCGGUUUAGUCAUGGAGCCUUCUUUACAUGGAUGGUCAUUGUAUCCUUCAAUCAGGGCAUUUUCAAGCAUUUACGCGGGAAUCGUAUGUUCGGCCAUAGCACUUUUCAUGAUAUCAUGGUGUAUCGAAAGAAAAGGUCCUCUUUUUGUCUCGGUGUUCAAUCCCUUGUUGUUGAUUAUCGUGGCAACACUAAGUUGGGGUCUUUUACAAGAGAAACUUUACCUUGGAAGUGUUUUAGGGUCUAUGCUCAUUGUUGGAGGACUUUAUGUUGUUUUAUGGGGAAAACGCAUGGAGACAAGAAGCAAAGUUGGAGUUAUGGAUACUCAACUAAAAGAAGUCGAACAAAAGGGAAGAGAGGACCUGGAAAUGCCAUGA